AUGAGCGAGAGAAAGUUCACGCGCGGACUGGGAAAACCCGGUAUGGCGGCGCAGCUGCGGGAAACCGUAUCCCAGGUCGUCCGCGAGAGCACAGUACAGAAUAAACCACACUUAGUCGAACCCAUUGACUUCGAGCAUUUUAUGCAAAAGAAUAAGACGCUGUUGCAAAAUGAUCCUCAACGAGAACUUUUGCUGUAUCCCCAAGAUGAUAUUUCUCAAGUGGUUUUGCCAAGGAGAUAUCGCAGUUUGGUACCAACGGCACAACAUAUUACAGAAUGUGAGGAAGGAACAGAGAACCUUUUGACGAAGGAGUGUUUAUCUAGUUAUGUAUCCAACUGGAAUCUUGUACAUUACAAAUAUGCAGCAUAUAGUGGGACUUAUCUCGAAUUACCAAAAAUAUUGAAAUCAGAUGAUCUGAAAGACGAAGUAUAUGAGAUUGAUACCGAAGUGGAUCAAGUAGACGAGGAUUUAACAAAGAACGAUGGUAUAACAAAGGAAGGUUACUUAAUGAAAGGUCCUGAGAUUGGUAGUACGGACAGAAUGUUUGCUCAUAUUGGCUCGAAAUCGUUUAAGAGACGUUUUUGUCAUCUCAGACAGGAAGUUGAUGGCACUUAUAUACUCGAAUUUUUCAAAGAUGAGAGAAAGGGCGAAGCGAAACUAACAAUAGUGAUGGACUUUUGUACGGAAAUUGUUAGAAAUCCGAAGCGCGGGAGAUAUUGCUUUGAAUUACGGAUGAGUGAUACUCACAAAUCUUACACUUUAGCUGCCGAUAACGAAGCCGAUAUGCAAGAUUGGAUAUUGAAGGUCAGUUCUGUCUUACAACACUAUAAACAGCAAGAGGAAAAGCGUGCUGCAUCGCUAGAGAGAACCUGUAAUACACCUCCACCGUCGCCGCAACCUAUGCAGGUUUAUGGGACACUGAAAGGUCUUGAGCAGAGCAUGAACCCGCAAUUAAUAAAAUACUCUAGGGAGACUGACACUAGCAUUGCUUUAGCAAGGAGAGAGAACAGAAAAAGACUGUUCAGCGUAUAUCCUUACAUACCACAUGCCAAAACACACAUAGGACAAUCUGUCGAUAAUGUGGAUCCUUACAAAGAGCAGUUCGGUCACAGGAUUCUGGUCAAGUGCGAAAGUCUUAAAUUUAGACUGCAAGCACCUAUCGACGAAAAGGAAUCUCUUUGUCAAGUGGAACCUUAUCAUACAGUGUUGAGCCUUUUCGACGCGAGAAAUGGAAGGAAACUCACAGAGAAUUUUCACUUCGAUGUUAAUCAUGAAAUAGUACGAGAUAUGGCAAGGGAACUAAGUCCCAUAGGAAUUACAACAGAAACAGAAGAUGUUACUCUUCCUGGGGAAUUAAAAAACAUUCCUUCAGAUUGGAUAAAAUAUCCAAAACAGGCCAUAUUCAAUAUAAGUAAUCCUCAUCCAGAUAUAUUUCUUGUUGUAAGGAUAGAUAAGUUGCUUCAAGGAAACAUAUAUCAGACCUCGGAACCAUAUUUGAGAGCUACCAAGGAUCCAAGAUUGGGUUUAAAGGUGCACAAGCAAGUCCGAGCAUGUUGCCAAAGACUGGGAAACUAUAGAAUGCCGUUUGCGUGGACUGCAAGACCACUGUUUAGAUUGUAUAGUAAUGAACUAGAUACAUCCUCAGAUUUUCCAGCGAUAUAUAGGCAGGAGGGUAAUAGAAUAAAAGAUGAGGAGCUACUAAAAUUUCUUUCUGAAUAUAGAAAGCCUGAGAAGCUCAGCAAAUUGACUGUGAUACCUGCCUGGUUAAAAAUUAAAAUAGAGCCCAUCACGGACAUUCCUGAAAAUACAUUGUCGACUUGCCUAGCGCCGUUAAAGCCAUUUCCAUUGCCACCAACGGUGGAGCCGACAAUCGAGAUUGCAGAGUUUGAGAGCACUUCUGAGAGGGAUGUACACCCGUACACAACGUAUAUCAAUCAUCUGUACGUGUACCCGCAGACACUCAACUUUGACAGUCAAAAGAUGUUUACCCGAGCUAGGAAUAUAGCAUGUAUUGUGGAACUUCGUGACGACGACAGCGAAAACGCCAAACCUUUACGAGUGAUUUAUGGAAGAUCUGGUUCAUCGUUAUUGUGCCUACGAGCAUCAUGCGCAGUGUUACAUCACAACGCAGUGCCUUCUUGGUAUGAAGAAAUCAAGAUUAAGUUACCCACGAAAUUGCACGCGAAACAUCAUCUAUUAUUCUCCUUUUAUCACAUAAGUUGUGACAUGAACAAAAAGAAAGAGAACGGUGUUGAAAACUGUGUCGGUUAUGCAUGGACAUUUUUACUGCACAAAGGAAGAUUGAACGUGGAUGUAGAAUCGAAUAUCCAAGUAUUGCCUGUAGCAACGCAAUUGCCUCCUGGAUAUCUUUCUAUACAACCCCUUGGACUAGGGAAAGGGAACGCAGGACCGGAUAUUACUUGGAUCGAUUCUCAACGACCAAUCUUCACGGUAUCUUUUCAAUUAAUUUCGACAGUAUUUACACGGGACCUUCAUCUGCACAAUCUAUUCGUUCAUGCUGAACGUAUUUUGGACACAAAACCUUCAACGACGCCCUCGGAUUCAGAAACGUGUAAAAUUCUGAAAGCAGCGCAUGCAGUACAACUAGUUACCGUUAUCACAUUUCUUCCAACUAUAUUGAAUCAACUCUUUGUGUUACUAACAUGUAAUACUAGUCAAGAGAUUGGAUUGUAUGUGAUUAGGGUCUUAAUACAUUUUAUUAACAUGGUGCACGAAGCUGGACGUAAGGAAAUUCUGCAAGCAUACAUUAAGUUCGUAUUUGUGCUUCCUCUACGAAAUGGUAACGUCACGGUUCAUGAACAAUUGGCGAAGCACUUACCAACUUUACUGCAACCGAGUAAUACCGACUUUUUGGUAGUAAACAAAUUCAUGCAUCACUCAAGCUUCUUUUUUGAAAUAAUGAUAAAAAGUAUGGCGCAAUAUCUACUGAGUACUGGUAGGAUAAAAAUGCAUAGAAAUGAACGAUUCUCGAAAGAUUAUCACGAGAAGAUCAAAAUGUUAUUGGACGUAAUUAUGCCAUACUUAAUGACCAAGUACAAAGAAAUGCCAGUGGAGACACACGAAUUAAACAAAAGUCUCGCACAAUUUUUAAAGCGAUGUCUCACUUUCAUGGACCGUGGUUUUGUGUUUCGUCUUAUCAAUUCUUAUCUGGACAACUUUUCGUCUGGCGAUCAACGCACAUUGCACGAUUUCAAAUUCACCUUUUUACAAAUUAUCUGCUCUCAUGAGCACUAUGUAUCCUUCAAUUUGCCAAUGAUGCAGUCGCGUUUUGCUUCUAGAGAUUCUGACAAUGAAACUGAGAGUGAACCAGAAUGUGAUGAUCUAAUGAAUGAAUAUUGCCUUACGGAGGAAUUUUGCAAACACCACUUUCUGGCUGGUGUUUUGAUGCAAGAAGUCAAGACCUCUCUUAAUGAGAUUGUGCAGAUCCGCAAGGUCGCUAUUAAUACUUUACGAGAUCUAAUGGCAAAACAUGAGUUGGACGAUAGAUAUCAGAAUAAGGGUCAAUUAAGUAGAAUAGCAUCAAUUUAUAUACCGUGGCUUGGUAUUGUAUUGGAGAAUUUACAUCGAUUGCAGUUAGUAGAGGAGAACGAAAUCAAGAUAGAAAUCAAGCAAAACGGUACUAAUAGGGUAUCGACUAGUAGCUCGUUUCUAUCAACGAAAGAUACCAUUGCUACUUCUACGUCUGCAAGUACACCCAAGUCCAUUCAUAGAUUAACUCUUCACCUAGAUACUCAAUCGCCUAUAAGAUCGUCUAUGCAUCUGCGUGAUUCCACUUAUUUUGCCGCUAUUGCGGGUCAAGGAUUGGUAAAUGGAUAUUCUUGCACCAGUGUUGAGUCUGAUACAUCGACGGUGUCUGGUGUGUCCCAAUCUAACGUUUCUCAAGAGACCACUAUUAUUAAAGAAUUGCCAGAAAAUGGAAUGAGCGAGAGAAAGAGACAUUCACGUACUUUGAGCGUGACACAGUCGUCGCCUAGAUGCGAUAAAUUGCAGCCUUCUGAAGUGAAGGAUAUACUACUUUGUUUCCUAUUCAUUGUCAAGUAUUUGGGUGAUCAUCAAGUGAUUGCCUGGUGGCAACAAUGCAAUGAUACAGAAAUAUUGAGCUUCUUUACAGUGAUUGAGAUGAGUUUGCAUCAUUUUAAAUAUAUAGGUAAGAGACAAAUAGCCGCGAAAAUUGCAAAUAAUGCUGGAAAACCCCGCACUGUUAAAGCAAUGACUUUACCUGCCAGAAUGGCACCACCAGACUUUACCACUGAAAGUCCCGCUACUAGCACAUUGCAACCUCAUAAUACAAUUACUAGAGAAAAUCUAAUUGAAAAUGAUAGUGACAAAGUGUAUCAAGCUUUAUUGGAGGCAAACAUGGCAACAGAAGUAGGCCUAAUCGCGUUGGAUUGCUUGGGUCUCUUCUGCAUCCAUUUUAAAGAUGUUCUCUUGGCAAAUGAAGGCAACAAUGCAGUUAUGCAAAAAUUCUUUAAUAUUUAUUUAUCAUUCCUUCAAGUUGGUCAGUCCGAAACUUUAUUACGUCAUGUUUUCGCUGGACUCCGAGCUUUCUUAAAUAACUAUUCUAUCGCGCUUUUUAAAGGCAACGCUAUGCUUUGUGGACGCUUGUGUUAUGAGCUAUUGCGUUGCUGUAACAGCAAGCUGAGUUCCAUACGACAGGAGUCUUGCGCUUUGCUGUAUUUACUCAUGCGAAGUAAUUUUGAGUUUACUAGUCGAAAGGGAUUAACCAGAGUACAUUUACAGGUGAUAAUUUCAGUCUCUCAAAUGUUGGGGAACGUAAUCAGUUUGAACAAUUCACGAUUUCAAGAAUCACUGUCCUUAAUUAACAGCUACGCUUCCUCUGAUAAAGUUAUGAAAGGCACAGGUUUCCCAGUUGAAGUAAAAGAUCUCAACAAAAGAAUACGAACAGUUUUGAUGGCAACCGCGCAAAUGCGAGAACAUAAUAACGAUCCUGAGAUGCUAGUCGAUUUGCAACAUAGUUUGGCCAACUCGUAUGCCAGCACACCCGAAUUGAGGCAUACCUGGUUAGAAACUAUGGCCAGGAAUCAUGCCAGGGAUGGAAAUUUCUCCGAGGCUGCUUGUUGUCAACUACAUAUUGCAGCAUUAAUGGCAGAAUAUCUGAAAUUGAGGAAAGUUCAUCUGUGGGGCGCAGAGGCUUUUGAUCAAAUCUCUGUGAACAUAUCAAAGGACGAGCGCAAUCUCAAACUCGAUGCUGGUGAGAUUUGCAUUCAAGAUAUCCACUAUAACGAAACUUUACUUCUCGAACAAUUGGAAGUUUGUGCCGACACGUUAGAGAAAGCCGAGCGUUUUGAAUUGCUUGGGCAUUUGUAUCGUUUAAUAGUUCCUAUAUAUGAAAAGAAAAGAAAUUACGAAGCUUUAGCUAAUUGCUACUCUCAUUUGGCACAAGCCUGUAAUAAAAUUGUAGAGGUAACGCGAACUGGAAAGAGAUUGCUCGGCAGGUUCUACAGAGUAGCAUUCUUUGGUGUGGCAUAUUUCGAAGAGGAAAAUUGUCAAGAAUACAUCUAUAAAGAACCCAAAGUAACAUCAUUAUCUGAGAUAUCGGAACGUUUGUUGCAUUUGUAUAGCGAAAAAUUUGGAUCUGAGAACGUUAAAAUAAUAAUGGAUUCUGUACCGGUUGAAGUAAGUGAGUUGGAUCCUAAGGUAGCGUAUAUUCAGGUAACGCAUGUCAUACCAUACUUUGAGAAGAUCGAAUUAGAAGCACUACAGACAGAGUUCGAGCAGAAUCAUAACGUAUCCUGCUUCAUGUUCGAGACACCGUUUACUAAAGAGGGCAAAGCAAGAGGCAAUCCGGAGGAUCAAUGGAAACGCAGAACUAUUCUCACAACACAAUAUGCUUUUCCGUAUGUGAAAAAGCGCAUCGGGAUUGUCGAGAAACGGAUUGUGGAGCUUAGUCCUAUCGAGGUCGCUUUGGACGAGAUGAGGCAACGUGUUCAAGAAUUGGAAGAUGUGGCUUUGAUCGGACCGACGGACGUAAAAAAACUACAAUUACGUCUCCAAGGUAGCAUUUGUGUAACAGUGAACGCCGGUCCUUUAGCUUAUGCUUCCGCGUUUCUGGAUCCUGCUUUAUCUCCGCAAUAUCCCGAUGAUAAAGUAGAAGAAUUGAAAGAUGUCUUUAGGGAAUUUGUCAAGAUAUGUUACACAGCAUUACAAAUUAAUAGCAAACUGAUCACACCGGACCAACAUGAAUAUCAAGAAGUAUUACGUGAGAAUUAUCAGAAACUGUGUCAAAGUUUGUCAUCUUUAUUUGGAGAGCCAAUAUGGCUAGACGAGCAAGUAGGAAACUUCAAACGUAAUAGCGCUGCUCUCUUUAGCACUAUAAGCGGUGCUAACAGUCACACCAGUACAGCCUAA